AUGCAGCGCCUCGAAAGCCUUGCCAUGGGUCGCGUGGCCAUGACCACAGCAGGUGUGCUUGCUGCCAUCACGGUCCUGGCGGCUGUAUACAAGCCAUUCCGCGAGAUACUCGUCUUCUCCUACAACUGCUUCCUGCAACCGCUCGGCAAGACGGCCAACCAGGCAGAACGUCUCGAUCGCUUCUACGAAAACCAGGCCACAGUGUACGAUGCAACUCGGACAGGUCUCUUGCGAGGUCGCCGUACCAUGCUGAAGCUGUGCGCGGCUGAAAUGCGCCGCCUCCGUGAGAGGUAUCCCCAGCGCAAGCUCGUGUGGGUCGACAUCGGCGGCGGUACCGGCUGGAACAUUGAGCAAAUGGACAAGUAUUUCCCGAUCGCCGAAUUCGACCAAGUGUACCUGAUUGAUCUGUGUGAGCCGCUUCUGAAGGUCGCGCGCCAGCGCUUUGAACGCCUGGGCUACAAGAACGUGCAGGCUCUGUGCCAAAACGCGAAGGAGUUCACGCUCCCUGGUCUGUCGGACGACCGCAAAGUCGAUCUGUUUACUUGCUCGUACUCGAUCUCAAUGAUUCCGCCAUUCUAUGCCGUGCUCGACCGUAUCGACGAGUUCCUCGACCCUGAGUUUGGUGUGUUUGGUGUCGCCGACUUUUACGUGUCGAGCGCCGAGUCCACGUCGGAUCAGACGACCUUGGUGGGUGGCUCGAUCAUGCGUCAAUGUCACUGGCUUAACUCGUGGUUCUGGCGUCAAUGGUUCUCGUUGGACCAUAUUGAGCUGCAUCCGGCGCGUCGUGAGUACUUGGAGCACAAGUUCGGUACGCUGAAAUGCUACAAUGGCCGCAACCACUUUAUCGUUCCGUACCUGAUCCGCAUUCCCUACUAUGUCUGGAUUGGUGUCUCGCGCCAGCGCGACACGACCUCGGCUGUGAAGGCGUUUGAAAUGGAAGCGGGCAACCACGUUGCAGUGCCGCCUUCGUUCCCGGACAUUGCGCGUGAGCGUAUGCAGCGAGCACUGACCACCAAGCAAAUUGACGGCGUUGUGGAGCAGCUGAAACAGGAGAUGGCCAUCCAAUGGCCGCAAAGCUCGUUCCACUACCAAAAGAAGCAGUGGCGUCUGCCGUUUGUGGAUGACCGAUUCAGCGACCUGUUCCGUACGUGGAUCUACGGCUUCACGUGGGAAGACCCGUACGUGGACAUGGAGCACCUUGACUUGGGUCCUGAGGACUCGAUUCUGUGCAUUACCAGUGCUGGUGACAAUGCGCUGCACUACGCGGCGACGGCCAAGCCACGCCGCAUCCACGCGGUGGACAUGAACCCAUGCCAGGGUCACUUGCUCGAGCUGAAGCUCGCUGCCAUUUCGACGCUGGACUACCCGACCUUCUGGCGCAUGUUUGGCGAUGGAAAAAUCGAAAACUUCCCAGAACUGCUCGACGAGAAGAUCUCGCCGAUGCUCUCGUCGCAUGCGUACCAGUUCUGGAAGACCAACAACAAGUCAUUUGACCGUGCCUUUUACUUCCGCGGCUACUCUGGCCAUGCCUUGCGUCUGGCCAAGACCGCGUUCAGGAUGAUGGGCGCGCAAAAGAACGUCGAGAAGAUGUGUACGACUAAGUCUUUGGAGGAGCAAAAGCAGAUUUGGGACACAAAAGUCCGCAAGACCAUCAUUAAUGAGACGCUCAUUCGUUUGUUCCUGUCGAACCCUGCCUUCCUGUGGAACGCUCUCGGUGUGCCGAUGAACCAGCUGAACAUCUUCAAGAACGAAGGCUCGGUGGAGCAGUUUGCCAUCGACACUCUGGACUCGAUCCCUGCACGUUCGUUGAUUUCGACAGACAACUACCACUACCGCCUGUGUCUCAUGGGCAACUACAGCCACGAAAGCUGCCCGUUGUACCUGAAGGAGGACGCGUUCAACGCCCUCAAGGCCAACGACGGCAAAGCGCUCGAUUCGUUCCGCCUUCACACGGACGCCAUCGUGUCUGUUCUCUCUGGUAUGCAGGAUGGCAGUCUUACUCGCGCGAUCCUCAUGGACCACAUGGACUGGUUCGAUCCCGUGGACGAGUCCGUCCCGCUGCCGAGCCUGGAGCAGGCACGCAAUGAGGAGGACAAGACCGUGUCGGACUUGGAUCGCGAAGUGGUCGAGUUGGCCCGUGUGAUUGCCAAGGGUGGUGCCGUGUUCUGGCGUAGUGCGGCGAAAUACCCGUGGUACCAGCAGCGCUUCGAAAAGGCUGGCUUCAAGGUCGCACCUGUGCACAUUCGUGAGACGGGCAAGCCGAUCGACAAUGUGAACAUGUAUGCGUCCUUCUACAAGGCCGUGCGUCUGUAA